GUCAGUGUACAUACCGCGUGAACUCCGAACGGCCUAAGCCUGGAUGGAAAAGAUCACACCAUCAUCGUUGACUCCAACAAUCGUUAGAACAGUAUUGCUCUUUCUUUGGGUUGCGACAGCCCUCGUUCCAAGAGGGGCCGGUACCGAGGUGUUCCUGGAGGAGCCACAGAAUACGACAGUUCAGGAAUCUGAAACAGCUCUAUUCAGAUGCUCUGUCGUGAACUUGAGCACAGUCUGGCUUGUAAACGGUUCAGAUGCUGGGUACACAGUGUUUCAAAUGAGAGGAGUCAUCAUUGUCCCAGAACCCAACGAUCACACCAGAUCGCAGCUGAAAGUGGCUGGACAUGUAUACAACAACAACACACAGGUUCGAUGUGUGGCUGUGCAGGAAUAUCCAGAGCUGAUAUGGAUCAACUCCAAGACAGCAGUGUUGAUUGUACAAGAGGCACCAGACCCAACAGUUGAGAGGUUUACUCACACUGGCUUACACUCAUCCUUACCCACACAAGCCGAGGAUCUGAGCAAAGCAUCAGGACACAGUAGUCCACCGUAUAAAACAGUCUCUACUUGGAAACUGCACGACAGUAGCAUGACACCCACACAUCCACGGAAAACCACUGAUACCGAGCAAGGAAUUCUCAAGCUGUUUACAACCAUGGUUCCUGUUAUUUUCUCACUGUUGAUAGUCGUCGUUUUCACUCUGGUAAUCUUACUCAUCUCCAUGAAAAGGAGAAAAGUUGGUGGUACGAAGGACGGUGACAUAAUGCUUGGUCCUAAUCCGGUGUAUGAGUACACAAAACCAAUUAAACUUCACAAGAAUGAGCUCUACGAAGUCUCUAAGCCUAUUCAGUGUCAGAAAAACUCAGCAUAAUGUUCUGUUUCGUGUUUUCAUUCAUGGUAUGAGUUUGUACUCGAGCACAUGCAUAUCUUCAUGCUACAUUUUUGUUUUUUUGGUUUAGAAAGCUAGACUGUCAUCAUCUGAGAGGUUGUGCUAACCAUGUCCAGUCUCUGUCGCUGUAGCUAUCUAUAAUAAUAUCCCAGUCACAUUCAGCAGCAGAGUUACUGAGCCCGACAUGGCAGCUGCUGAUGAUGGUGCAGUUGAAUCUGUACUGUACUGUACUGGCAGUCAACACAGAGGUGCGGUCUUGUUGGCAGGUGGCCUGACACACCCACACGUAGCUAUUGUUGUCUGCUUGUUCAAGGAUGAUUCUAACAGGUGCUAAAGGCUGACACGCAUGGGAAAUUUGAUAAUAAUGACUAAUCAAUGUAAUCGUCACUUGCUCUACACGGCACCAUAACCAAACACUAACCGCAUGCGCAUUACGUACGUAGCUAUUUGGCGAGCGGUAGCGGGUACCCAAUGGCACGAGCCAUCCUACCCUAUUUACAACUUGCACCUUGGAACCACAAAGAAGUACAGCCUCUGUCAGGAUGCAGCGAAUGCCGCCGAAUGGAC